AUGACGUCAGGCGAUGACAUAGAGGCAUCUCUCCUCUCAUUCGAAAGGACUGCUCAGCGUGAAGUGGUGGGGCUGGAGCCAGGGCCUGCCCUGCCCUCUCGGGCUUGGUGGAGCGGCACCAUGUGGGCCAUGAGCGGAGCAGUGCCCCAGGACCUGGCGAUCUUUGUGGAGUUUGAUGGCUGCAACUGGAAUCAACAUGCCUGGGUGAAAGUUCAUGCUGAAGAGGUCAUAGUGUUGCUGCUGGAAGGGUCACUGGUAUGGGCUUCUCGAAGUGAUCCAGUUCUACUUCAGGGAACUCAGGUCUCACUUGCACAGUGGCCUGCACUGACCUUCACUCCUUUAGUAGAUAAGCUGGGUUUAGGCUCUGUGCUUCCUGUGGAAUUUCUUCUGGACCGAGACCUGAGAUUUCUGUCCGAUGCCAGUGGAUUAUGUCUGUUUCAGAUGGGAACAGAGAGCCAGAACCAAGUUCUGCAGGAGCAAUUUGCACUGAGAGACUCGGUCAAUGCAUUAAUUAGUGACCAGAAACUUCAGAAAAUAUUUAGCAGAGGUCCCUACAGUGUCCAAGACCAAAGGGUUAAGGUGUACCAACCAGAGGAUGAAAGUAGCUGGCUCUGUGGUGUUGUGACCUGUCAAGACCCCAUCACUCGUCUUAUGGAAGUGUCUGUGACUGAGACUGGUGAGAUAAAGUCAGUGGAUCCCCAACUGGUUCACGUAGUGGUGGACAACUCUGCUCCACCAAAAGAGGGAGGGGGUCUAAAGGCAGCUAAAUCUUCAAAAGGGAAAAAGAAGAGAGAGAGUAUGGAAGGAAAGGAUGGCCGAAGGAGGAAAAAUGCUUCAGACUCUGGGUGCGAUCCUGCAACAAAGAAGCUAAAGAAAAGACAACAGCUUUUUGAUGAGAAACACUACAUGGUGGAAUUCUUAAUCCGGUCCUUCCUGCAUUAA